AUGGUCGCACCACUUCUCCGAGUACGGCCCAUGAGUAUCGCUGUCGCAACAGGCCUUGUUGCCGGCGGUGCCUUUACAUCCUACACCACCGUCUACGCAGACGAGUACAACCGAAAUGACGAACGUGAGCAUGACCGUCGCCAACACCACGGCGGCCCCUACGACAACGACGACGAAGACACUCGCGUCAUGCGGUACCGUCCCACCCCCGCCGAGCACCAUCGCAUCUCGAACCGCCAUUCCCUCGUCGCGAACGAGGAAGAGCUCCUCCCAGGCCUACUCUACGUCGCCCUUGCUGGUCUCUCUGGAUCUCUUGUUGCUCGUCAGAGAAACAUCUUGUUCAGGAUGUUCUCACCAUUGGCUUUCGCAGCCGCCGCGGGCGCAUAUGUCCUCCCAAACACAACCCACACAAUCAUUGAUUCCAUCGGUGGGCCCAUGUCGGCUCCUUGUCCCCAGCACCCGGAUGGGUUCUCGAAGCCCGGUUGGGCCCACCCUACUUCUUCAUCAUCGCACUCUCCAGUGACGGGCGCGGUCGGAGAGAAAGCUAUGGGCGGCAAGAGCGAGUUGUCGUCGCGUGCAAGGGAUGCAUGGCAUCCCGAGGGUGCUGUCGACUCUGCGCGUGAGGGUUUGGAAGAGGGCGCGGAGAGGGCGAAGCGUUGGUGGGGCGAGCGGUCUGGGGAUGCUAGGGAUGCGAUGGAGGAUGUGAGGGAUUCUGCGGGGCGGCGUCUCAGAGAUGCUCAGGAAGGUGUCGAGAACUAUUUGGACCAUGAUGGUGUUGGUGGUGGUGGCCAUCGUCGUACGGUUUCUGAUUCAGAUUCGAGAUGGUUCCAUCGCACUGAUGACGAUGAGGCCGACAAGGCCGCCAGGAAGACUCGUUAUUGGUUGAACUCAAAAUCUUCAGAGGCCGAGGACGCGGCCGAGAAUGCCAAGGGUCGAGCCCGUACCGCCCAACGUGACGCCCAGCGAUGGGGUGAUGAGAAGUACUCUGAAGCCGAGGAGGCUAUCGGCGACGUCAAGGGUAGAGCCCGCAACGCUCAACGUGACGCCAAGCGCUGGGGUGACGAGAAAUACUCCGAGGCUGAAAGCAAGCUCCAUGACGCUGAGGGAAAGGCCAAGGAGGUAUCGAAAGAGGCCAAGAGCUGGUGGUUCAGCCGGUCCUCGGAUGUGGAGGAGAAGGCCCAUGAAGUUGGGGAUAAGGCGAAGGAGAUGUCCAAGGAUGCUGAGCAUUGGUGGAACAGGCAUUCUUCGGAUGUGGAAGAGAAAGUGCAAGAGGUUGAGGACAAGGCGAAGGAGGUUGCGGAUAAGGCCAAGGAUGCAACCAAGGAGGCCAAGCACUGGUGGAACAAGCAUGCUCCUGAAGUCGAGGACAAGUUGCAUGAGGCUGAGGCCAAGGCUAAGGAUGCGACCAAGGAGGUCAAGCACUGGUGGAACAAGCAUGCUCCGGAGGUCGAAGAAAAGAUCCAGGAAGCCACUGCCAAGGCUAAGGACGUCUCUAAACAAGCCUCGGCCACGAUCGUCACCGCUGCGGACAAGUCCAAGGAUACUUUGCUUGACCUGAAGGACAAGUCCAAAGAUGCCAAGAACUGGAUUGAAGAGAAAGCGCACGAAGCCGAGAAGGUUGCCGAGGAUGUGGCUCACAAGGCUGAGGAUGUGGCUCACAAGGCCAAGGCUCUGGUGGACGAGACGACGGCGACGAUUGACAAGAAGUUGGAGGAGACUGCCAAGAAGGAUGAGGAGUGGUGGAAGGCUCAUGCGGAGGUGGAGGAGAAGAAGCUAAAGGAGCGGUUGGCGAAGGAGAAGAAAGAUGCAGAGAAGCAUUGGUUCUCAAGUCGUCGCACUCGCUCUGCCGUCGGACCUGAUUUGGAUUCGACGGAGCGCUGGAGUACCGGCGAGGAGAUGGGAUCUGCAAAGAUUCACGAGAACGAUUUCGAUCACCGUUACCGCAACCCCGGUCCCUUCCAUAGCGCCGCCUCCACAACAUCGGCCUACACUAGCAGCGACAGCUACAUGGAUGGCCUCUUGGACGACAAUGAGGUCGACCAUUGGACUUCGACCAAAGAAGAAAUUGGCUCCUCCCGCCUCGAGGGUACCUCCCCAACCUCCUACCACACCUACGGCACCAGCAACAUCGCCGGCGGCAACGAUUAUGAACUUUACGGUUUCCGUCCCCGCGAAUCCGAGUACUGGUCCAACGGUGAAGAAAUGUCCUCGGCCAGCGUCCGCGACUCGACCUACUAUAACUACCCUGGUUCCUUUGCUGGCAGUUCCAUCGGUCGCACCUCCUGGUGGAGCGCCCGUCGUGCUGAGAUUGACCACGACAGUGAGAUGAACAAUCUACGUGACAAGGCUGAGGCCAUCAUCUGGGAGACCAAGCAGGCCGCUGAACACGCCGCGUUGGAUAUGGCCAACAAGUUGGCGGCCGAGACGGCGAUGUUGGAGAAAUCUGCGGCUGCUACUCGUGCUCGUGCAGAGGAAGCUGCUCGUCUUGCCAAGGCCCAGAGCGAGGCUUUGCUCCGCGACCGUCAGGCAGCUAUUGACCGUGCGGCCAAGGAGAUGGAGACCCGGUUCGCGAUGGAGAAGGAGGCUGCAGAACGUUCAGCGGCCGAGACCAAGGCCAAGGCCCAAGCCUGGGAGCUUGAGCAGCGUCAGUGGGCUGAACAGUCUGCAAAGGAUGUCCAGGACCGUGUCUUGCGCGAGAAGCUUGCCGCUGAGGAAUCCGCUGCCCGUCUCAAGGCCCGUGCGGAAGCUUGGGCGCAAGAACAAAAGGAAAGGGCCGAGGCGGCCGCCAAGGAGAUUCAUGACCGUGUGGUCCACGAGACCGCUGCUGCCGAGAGGGCCGCACGCGAGGCCAAGGCAGCUCUGGAGCUCAAGAUCCAGCAGGAAAAGCUCAAGGUUGAGCAGACUGCCCGCGAGAUCCAGGAGAGGAUUCGUCUUGAGAAGAUCAAGGAAGAAGAGACCCAGGCCAACCUUCGUGCCCGCGCCGAGGCUUUGGCUAGAGAGGAGAAGAUCAAGAUGGAGAAUGCUGCACGCGAGUGGGAGGAGAGACUGUCGCUUGAACGGGCUCAGAAGGCGGCGGAGGAGGCCAGGAUCCGUAUGGAGGCUGAGUUGCUGGCCAAGAAGCGUGCUGCCGAGAAGGCAGCCCAGGACUUUGUUCAAAAGAAGAAGAUGGAUGUCGAAAAGGCCGCACGCGAGCUCGAGAUGCGUAUCAAGCGCGAGAAGGAAGAGGCAUUGGUGGAGAGGGCGCAGGCAGAUGCUUUGGAGGCCAAGCGCCUUGCAGAGGCUGCAGGUCUGGAGAAGAGACAUCAUGCAGAGUUGGCAGCCAAGGAGUUGGAGUACAUGAAGGAGAUUGAGAGAGCCGAAGCAGCUGCCCGUGAAGCCCAUGACCGCGCUGAAGCUCUGCUGAGGGAGAAGAGGCCGAUUGUCGAUCGCGUAUCCAAUGAGGUGGAACAGAGGUUGUCGUUCGAGAAGGCGGAGGCUGCUGCUUUGGCGGCCAAGAGCCGUGCCGAGGCCCUGUUGGCCGAAACCAGACGUGCUGCUGGGCGGCCUGCCAAGGACCUUGCCGACUCUACCGUCUACCCAACUACCACAACUGCCUCCUCUUCCUCUGGCUCUGGAUGGAGCUGGCCAUGGUCGUCCAAGCCCCACGGCACCGAGGUCUUGACCGAGAAGGUGUCUACCAAGGAAGCCAAGCACACCCACGACCACGAGAGCGGUGAGGGCGGCUUCGACAGCACCCCACACCUGUUGGAGCACAUUGUCGAGGACAUCAAGCAGACCAAGGACGACAUCUCUGACGGCCUCCACCACUUGAAGGACUCUGUUCUCAGCGGCAUCCCCAAGUCCAGCGCCAAUACCAAGGAGUCCGUCAAGGAGACUCGCUUCACUCCUUCUUCUUCCUCCUCUCCUUCCGCCAAUGAAGCCAAGCCAACUGUCGAAAAGGCUGCUAUGGACGCCAAGGGUUGGUGGGGUCACAGGACCAAGGACGCCGAACGCAAGGUCCAUGGGUUGGAGUCAGAGUUGCAUUCUGGUCUGAACAAGACUGGCGAGAAGUUGAAGGAGAUGGGUCAGGAGGCUGCAGAGUCCGAUGCCGAGUUCUGGCAGAAGAAGGCUCAACAGGAGCGUCGCGAGUCUGGACGUGCCAUGUAA